AUGGCCGCUGGAGGUUCAGCUGGGGGCUCGAAACUUAUAGUCAACAACCUGCCUACCUCCUUUACAGAGGAUGAUUUCACAAGCAUGUUUUCGCGCUAUGGAAAGCUCGCCAGUGUCCAUAUCGCGACGCACAAGACCACAGGCCAGAGUCUUGGAUACGGAUUUGUCGUAUACUUGAGGGCUCUUGACGCUGCCAAAGCUAUUGAAGAAAUUGAUGGACUUCAGUUGGGUAGAAAUAAGCUGCGAGUUUCUUAUUCAGAACCUAUGAAUGAUACCUUGAAAAAUGCCACUAAAGUGUAUGUUAAGAAGCUGCCAGUCAAAUUCACUGAAGAAGAUAUCAGUGCAUUGUUUUCGAAGUAUGGAAAACUUGUGCAAACAAGGCUUGUUCGAGACAGUGUUACUAAUAAAUCCAAAACUGUUGCCUAUGUGCUUUUUGAGAAAUGGGUUGACGCGCAGAAGGCUGUUACAGCCUUGAACGGCUUCACACCAGAGGGUGCACAGAAAGCGCUUGAAAUAAAGAUUGAUGAGGCUAAAGGAUUGGGUGCUCCAGUGAAAUUCGUGAGGUCACAGGCCUCCCCAUAUCCACAAGGGGGUCGACCAGGUCCUCAUGGCCCCCCUAAAAAGAUGGGACAGUCUAUACCAACACAUAUUGCAUCCAUGGGCCAUGGCAUUGUCACCGUUUUUGUGUACAAUGUUGGAGAGUUCAUCAAUGAACACGAGCUGUAUAAUAUCUUUGCUCCAUUCGGUGGUUUGAACAAAAUAGACAUAGCAAGAGAUGCAGCUACCCAGCGUUGUAAAGGCUUUGCUUUUCUCACAUUUGACAAUAAGAAGUCUGCGGAAAGAGCAAUUCAGGCUCUAGAUGGAACAAUGUAUCGCGGUAGACCGUUGCAAGUUCGCUUUAAAACUUAA